AAUGAAACCAUGCAGCAAAAUAACAGUGUAUAUGAGUUUAUCCUCUUAGGAUUGACACAGGAUCCUGACAAACAGAAUAUGAUUUUUAUAAUUUUCUUCAUUUUCUACAUGGGAACUGUGGUAGGUAAUCUGCUUAUUAUUGUGACCAUAAAGUGCAGCCGGACACUUGGGAGCCCCAUGUACUUCUUCCUAUUUUAUUUGUCCCUUGCCGAUUUCUGCUUUUCAACAUCCAUUGCCCCGAGGCUAAUAGUAGAUUCUCUCCGAGUGAAAAAAGCCAUAUCUUACAAUGAAUGCAUGACUCAAGUGUUUGCACUCCAUUUAUUUGGUUGCAUGGAGAUCUUUGUCCUGAUCCUCAUGGCAGCUGAUCGCUAUGUGGCCAUCUGCAAGCCAUUGCGCUACCCAACCAUCAUGAGCAGGCACAUCUGCGUCAUCCUGAUUGUUUUUGCCUGGAUAGGGUCUUUUAUACAUUCUGCAGCUCAGAUUGUACUGGCUUUGAGGUUGCCUUUCUGUGGCCCGAAUUUGAUUGACCAUUAUUGCUGCGACUUACAGCCUUUGCUGAAACUUGCAUGUAUGGACACUUACAUGAUCAACUUGCUCUUGGUAUCUAACAGUGGGGCCAUUUGCUCCAGCAGUUUUGUGCUUCUCAUGAUCUCAUAUUUUGUGAUCCUGCACUCACUGCGUAACCACAGUGCAGAAGCCAGGAAAAAAGCUCUGUCCACCUGCACUUCUCACAUCAUUGUAGUCAUCUUAUUCUUUGGUCCUUGCAUCUUCAUAUACACACGCCCUCCAACCACUUUCCCCAUGGACAAGAUGGUGGCGGUAUUUUACACUAUCGGAACUCCCUUUCUCAACCCUCUCAUCUAUACACUGAGGAAUGCAGAAGUGAAGAGCGCCAUGAGAAAGUUGUGGCAUGUCAAAAUUAUGUCAGAAAUCAAGAGGUGA